CUGUUUCCAUCCUCCAAACUCAAACCCAUUUUCUCCCUCUAUUUUUCUCUCAAUCACAAACUCUUUGCUUUUGCCAAAGUUGAAAAUAGUAGAAAAGGGAAAAACAAAUAUGGGUGCUCUCGACUCUCUCUCUGAUUAUAUCUCCGACUUCAUUAGUGUUUCCAGCAAAAGGAAGAAGCGUAAAGUAAUGCAGACGGUAGAAAUCAAGGUGAAGAUGGACUGUGAUGGAUGCGAGAGAAGAGUCACAAACGCCGUUUCCUCCAUGAAAGGUGUGAAAUCGGUUGAUGUGAACAGAAAGCAGAGCAGGGUAACAGUGAGCGGAUACGUGGAGCCAAACAAGGUGUUAAAGAAGGUGAAGGGCACGGGGAAGAGGGCGGAGUUCUGGCCUUACGUGCCUUACAACUUGGUGGCGUACCCUUACGUUGCUCAGGCCUACGACAAGAAGGCGCCGUCGGGUUAUGUUAAGAACGCUGCGCAGGCGCUGCCCAGUCCUAAUGCAACCGACGAGAAGCUCAUGACCCUCUUCAGCGACGAGAACCCAAAUGCAUGUUCGAUUAUGUAGGCAGUUUUGGUGUAAAGGGAUGGGAGCAGUUUUCUUUAAACGAAGAGGAUUUGGUGUUGUCUAGGGAAUGUUACAUGGGCACUUAAGUGAAUAGUGAUAUUUGUAGCUUUUGAGUUUGUAUGGUGAGAAAAUUAUGGUUUGUUUAAUUAUUUUGAUCAAUAUUAUAUCAGUUUAGUCUUUACUCUCGUGCUUUUAAUUAGUCUGUAGAUUAGUAAUUAGAAAAUAAUUCAGUUAUAAUAUA